ACUGCACCUCCAGCCCCUGCAGCUCGUGCUCCAGUACCGGCACCUGCCCCUGCAUCUGCAAUGACUUCUGCUGCUGCUGCACCAAGGCAACCUGGUCUGAUGGCACAGAUGGCUACAACAGCUGCUGGGGUAGCAGUAGGCUCAGCUGUAGGACACACACUAGGUCAUGCAAUGACAGGAGGAUUUGGUGGAGGAAGCAGCUCUGAAGCUGCAAGGCCUGAUAUUACUUAUCAGGAGCCUCAAGCAGCUCAGCCUGCAUAUCAGCAGCAGCAGAGCCAGUACACCCCCUGCCAGUACGAAAUGAAGCAAUUUUUGGAGUGUGCACAGAACCAGAGUGACCUUAAGCUGUGUGAGGGCUUCAGUGAGGUGUUGAAGCAGUGCAAGUUUGCUAAUGGUUUAGCCUAAUCAAAUUCUACAGAACGAAGAAGUUGAACAUUAGCAUUUGAAGUUCUAAAAUUGAAAGAUGCUUCAGUAAUAAACGUCUAAGGUCUAAAGCUAUCUGUAAGAUCGUGUUAGUUUAUAUUAUAAUUCAUAACUGAUUGCUCAAACCUUGACACAACUUAAAGGUCCCUUUAGAUUUUUUUUGACACAUUGAUAAACAUGCUGGAUUGAUUGUAACAGUGUAGUUUUAAACUAGAAGAUUCUGAAGAUGGGCAAACUAUUUCAAGGGGCCUAAUCAAAACUAGUUGUUCUGCUGGCUACAUUGCUGUUUAAAUGUGAGACUAAGACUAAAUAAAAUUAUCUCAAUGUUU